UGUGCAUUGUGCCGGUGUUGAAUUUGUUGGGGCGUUUGUUUUGUUUUUGUGUAAAUCGCUCUUGCUUCGUGACAUCUGCCGUGGACAGACGCAUUUCGUGUUUGUAUGGACAGUGCGUUUUAGUUUGGAGUUAAAUUUCUUUUUACCUAUCCGCGUGGGUGUAAUAAACCGUGUUUCUUUUUGUUUUGAUAAUUUGGCGGUGAAUCUGUUCCUGCUUAAGGAUAAAGAAACUCCACCGAUGGGCGUCACUGUUCUGCAACCGUAUAGUGUUCCCGAAGGGCAGACUGGCCCCCAGACCAUUGAAUUUCUAGCGAAACGCUUACUCGCCUUAGGUGCUGUCCAGGCAAGCACGUUCAUCGUCGACUGCGAAACAUUCAUUCCGAACCCCCAGCAUGGCACACCGAAAACCGUUCAUGUCCUACACAAUUCCGAAUAUCCUGCAUCGACAUUCGCCGUCCUUGACACCGGAACGAAACAAGUUCCACUUGUAGCCGAUGCUUUGUUCGACCUUCUCAUGCUCAAGAUGGCUCCCGCGCACACGUCCAAGAAACAAACAAAAAUUGAGUCGAAAGGAGCCCGUUUCGAAUACGGCGACUUUCUCAUAAAAUUAGGAAGCGUGACGAUGGCAGAGAACUUCAAGGGAAUUUUGCUGGAAGUUGAGUAUCGUCCGUGCGUUAUACCAUCAAAUUGCUGGGAGCUGAUACGGGAGUUGCUUCAAGGCUUUCUGGGAGUCAGCAUCCCGGCAACGAUCCCUCCUUAUUUCAACACGCCCAGUAUUAUGAGUAUGAACCACCCGAAAUCUAGCGAAAUCUUCAACCCAAACCACACGAAGCAGAAUGAUGUAUAUCAGCCGAUGGACACCAUAAAUCAGUACUUAGAGCACUUUGGGAACUUCAGGAAACAGACAAUGCUGUCGGGCGGUACGGGAAUAGGGGCCCCGUUACGUUCUUAAGAUUAAUAAAUUUAUGUUUAAGAUAG